AUGGCGACCGAGUUGACCGUCCAGUCGGAACGUGCGUUCCAGAAGCAGCCUCACAUCUUCGUCAACCCUAAGACCAAGGCGAAGAGCAAGAAGGUUGGCACCGGCCGGAGAUGGUACAAGGAUGUCGGUCUGGGAUUCCGUACUCCCAAGACCGCCAUUGAGGGCAGCUACAUCGACAAGAAGUGCCCCUUCACCGGUCUGGUUUCCAUCCGUGGCCGUAUCUUGACCGGCCGUGUCGUCUCCACCAAGAUGCACCGUACCAUUGUCAUCCGCCGUGAAUACCUCCACUACGUUCCCAAGUACAACCGUUACGAGAAGAGACACAAGAACCUUGCUGCUCACGUCUCUCCCGCUUUCCGUGUUGAGGAGGGUGACUGGGUUACCGUUGGCCAGUGCCGUCCCCUGUCCAAGACCGUCCGUUUCAACGUCCUCCGUGUCUUGCCCCGUACCGGCAAGGCCGUCAAGGCUUUCAGCAAGUUCUAA